AAAACAAAUCCAACAAAAAUAACACCGUAAACAAAUUAUAAUAAAUUAUUACAUUUUCCAUUUAAUUUAUUUAAAAACGCAAUUUAACUUCAACUUAAAUCAACUCGUAAUUAGUCCAAGUCCUAAUUAUAAUCAAGCCAAGUCCAAGGACUAAAUUUAACCGACAAACAGCUGUUGGUAAAUUUUUGUUUACCAAAAAUAUAAAAUUUAUUAAAAUAUAUAUGUUUGCAGGUCAUAGAUGCUCAUACGCAUAGCAACUGAGAAAAUUCUGUUUACUCACAAGACUCUCAGGAUAUCUCUUCAAGCUGUUUGCAAAUUUAGCACAUCCAACACUUUAAAAAGUAAUCGUAUGGACAGAUUCGCACUUCCAAAACGAUUCCAAGGAAGUACAACAAGUGUUUGGAAUGAAUAUGUUCCUCUCGCAUUAAAGUACAAACCCCUUAACUUAGGACAAGGUUUUCCGGACUUUGCUGCCCCCGAAUACGUGACAGACGCUUUGAGUAAAAUUGCCGCAAGUGAAAAUCCACUAAUGAAUCAAUAUACUCGAGGAUUUGGCCAUCCACGGCUCGUUCAAGCUUUGUCGAAGCUUUAUUCUAAGCUAGUUGGACGUGAUAUCGAUGGAAACACUGAGGUAAUGAUUACUUGCGGCGCUUAUGAAGCUCUCUUCUGUGCCAUUCUGAGUAAUGUCGACGCUGGCGACGAGGUCAUCAUAAUCGAACCCUUUUUCGAUUGCUACGAACCCAUGGUGCGAGCGGCCGAUGGGGUUCCUCGAUUCAUUCCGCUAAAACCUACUAAAAGCGAUGGUGUGAUAACAUCUGCCGAUUGGGUUUUGGAUGAAAAAGAGUUGGAGAAACUUUUUAACGAAAAAACCAAAGCCAUCAUCAUAAAUACCCCACACAAUCCUAUCGGAAAGGUUUUCAAUCGUGAGGAAUUGGAAAAAAUUGCCGAACUGUGUAAGAAAUGGAAUGUGCUUUGCAUUUCUGACGAAGUCUACGAAUGGCUAGUCUUUGAUAAGGCCGAACACAUCCGCAUGUGUACGCUUCCAGGCAUGUGGGAACGAACUGUGACUAUAGGUUCAGCUGGGAAGACUUUUUCAGUUACCGGGUGGAAGAUUGGCUGGGCAUAUGGACCUUCAAAUUUGAUAAACAAUCUUCAAAUGGUGCAUCAGAACUGCGUAUUCACUUGUGCCACUCCUCUGCAGGAGGCUGUUGCUCAAGGUUUUGAAUUGGAAAUGACUCGUUUAGAUUCGCCUGAGUGUUAUUUCAAUUAUUUGCCAAAAGACUUGAAAAAGAAGCGCGAUUAUAUGGCAAAGUUUCUGGAAGAAGCUGGCAUGAAGGCUACUAUUCCCGAUGGAGGAUACUUUAUGCUGGCCGAUUGGUCCAGUUUAGAGAACAAAGUUGAUAUGGCUUCAGAAACUGACAAAUACCGAGACUACCGAUUCACCAAAUGGAUGACCAAGAAUAUGGGUCUGCAGGGAAUACCUCCAAGUGCGUUUUAUAGUGAGAAAAACAAACCGCUGGCGGAAAAUUAUGUUCGUUAUUGUUUUAUGAAGAAGGAUGAAAAUUUGGAAAAAGCCGAAGAAGUUUUCAAGAAAUGGAAGUGAAUGUUAAGCUUCUUGUUUUCUAUUUCUUUUUUCACUUGAACUUAUAUAACCAACUUUUAUAAUGAUAUUGGAAAUAUAAAGUAACACAUGAA